AGCCAAGGAGAGAUGGAACAAUCACGCCUGCUCCCCUUCAUGGGACUCCUACUCUUCUCUCUUAUUCCAGGCCAACCUGGCGAGAUAUGUGAAGUAAGGGAAGAAAGCUACUUCCUCCUAAGCCCUCUGUUGAAUACAAUAACCAAUUCAAAGCCUGCUGUGGGAACCCAAGCGGCUGAUGCCCUGCUGUCCCUCAGACUCGUCGGGAUCCAGAACCAAACGCUACUCCAGCCACUGUCGCAACAAGUCAGAAAGGAGGUGGGGAGCAAAGGGUCCAGCCUCAGCUCGGGACAGCUUGCUCUGGUCACACUGGCUUUGGGAGCAUGUCACACCCCUGAUGAAAUUGUCAUAUAUGAUCGUCGUCUACUUAGCCAAUUAGAAAAUAAGUUCCAAGCAGAAAUUGAAAACAUGGAUGCACAUGACGGCAGGCCUCUUACUACCUACUACCAGCUCAGCCUGGGAGCCCUGGCCUUGUGCCUGUUCCGUGGGCGAUACUCUACCACCCAAGUUGCUGACCUCUUUGCUCCUGGAAACAAAAACUAUUACUUUCAUGGCCACUUCGUAGUAGAUACUGGGGCAAUGGCUGUUCUGGCUCUGACAUGUGUGAAGAGAGAUCUAAUCAAAGGACAGACAAAGGUAGACAGUGAGGAUCUAAGGAGCAUUGAUAAUCAUAUACGGUCACUGGUAAAAAAGAUUUUGUCUGAGAAGAAAAAAAAUGGUCUCAUUGGAAACACGUUUAGCACUGGAAUCGCUAUGCAGGCCCUCUUCAUCUCAUCAGAAUAUUACAAAGAGAGUGAGUGGAACUGCCAGCAAACUCUAGACACAAUACUCAAGGAGAUUGCACAGGCAGCCUUCACCAGCCCGGCUGCCGCGGCACAGAUCUUGCCUGCCCUCGUGGGAAGGACCUACUUGGAGGUCAACAAGGGCUCCUCCUGCACCAGUGGCCUAGGUAACUUCAGCAUCUCCAGUCCUAAGCCUACUGCACCUCCUGAACCACCUUCGCACAUCUCCGUUCAGUACUCUGUGAAAAUCCAUGAAAUAUAUUCCACCACCGUCACUGUGCCCCGUGGCUCCAUCUUCCUAGAUGUGAUGGAGGAAGCUCAGAAAAAGAACAGGACCCUAUUUGGUUUCACCGUGGAGCAGAGCUCUUGGGGCCCCUUCAUCACUUCUGUCCAGGGCCUGAAGGCCAGCAGUCACGACAGAACCUACUGGGAGCUGCUGAGCAACGGCAGCUCCCUGAGCCAAGGAGUCGGUAAUUAUGUGGUCCAUGAGGGGGAAGAUUUGGAGGUUCGUUGGAGCAAAUAUUAACAAAUGCAGAUCUUUGUCUCUUUGGCUUGCACGUGGAAACUGACGCUGUGCCUUCCUUCACACUUAUCUGAACCCCAGCGGGGCAGUCGGCAGCCUCCAUGUCUCCCUCUGUGUUCAAUAGAAGACCCACAGCUGUACGCAAGGAGUAUCACUGAUCACAUCCUGCGUGAAAAGGAUUUUAAAAUUAUCAGAGGGAAGGUCACCUCAGAAAGAAGUGAAGUAACAUUCUUUUCAUUUUUUUUCUUCCUUUUUUGUGGUACCAGCGAUUGAAAUUAGGAUCUUGUGCUUGCCAGUCAAGCACUAAUGCCACUGAGCUAUCUUCCCCAGCCCUUGAAGUAAAGUAAAAGGAAGCUAGACCCUUGCUCUCUGUAGCCAUUGUUGCCGCUGCUCCUCCCAUUUGCUCGCUUGCUCUUUGCCAACACCACGAACUGCUGUCCUCUGCCAUGUGCCGCUGUGCCUUGGAGCCAGCCAA